AUGUCAGGCCCAUUCUCAUCUGUUGUGAACUUUUCCAUUAGCGAAUUUCUUCAGCGUGUCGAGAAGCUGGCUGCUCUUCAAGCUAUUAAGUCCUCAUCUGAAUCUAAUAAUAACAAUCUGAUCUUUCCUAAACAUCAUAAACAAUCACAACAAAAGCAUCAAGUAGCUGUAAUGCAUACAACGACCAUACUCACAGAGAAACUCAUUCAAGAUACACUCUUCAGUGCUUAUCUUCAAGCUUGUCAAAUCCUUUCUGAUUGUAACUUAUCAAUUCUCGAUCCGAACGGUAUAACCAUAUCGUUUGAUGAGGUGAAUCGUUUAGCAUUUCAAAAAUUAACAAGAUCACAAUGUAAAACUUUUAGCCAGAAAGAUCAUCAAUCAAAUAAUAGUAAACAAGACGAAGACGACGAUUAUGAAGAAUAUUUGAGUCAAAAGCAGUAUAAUGCAAAUAAUAAUAUUGAUGACUAUGAUCAAUCGAUAUCAAGCGAUGAAUCAGAUACUGAUGUUCUUCCUAAUGUGUCGAAUUCAACGUUUCGUGGAAUGCGCAUCUUUGACUCUAUCAACAGCAAUCAAAGUGCAUCAUUUUUUUCUGUCGAAGUGAAUGGACAAAAGAAAUUUAUGCACAAACAAGCUGCAAACUGGUAUUUUUCCAAAACAAAGCCUAUUCUAUCAUCUGAUCGAUCAAUUAGAGUUCAAAAUAAAUAA